AUGACCGUGACACACAGCAAUCUGUAUGGUUUGGGUGCAGCUGGGAGAUUGGGAAAGAGCAACAACAUAACAUGGAGAAGGAGCUCGGGGCUGAACGACGGGAAUGACACGCUGGCAAAGGGAGGCCUAGUUGGAGGGUACUAUGACUCCGGGGAAAACAGCAAGUCCAAUUUUCCAAUGGCUUAUUCCAUGACCAUGCUGAGCUGGAGCCUAGUGGAGUACAGUCACAAGUACAAGGCCAUCAACGAAUACGACCACGUCAGAGACCUCAUCAAAUGGGGUACCGAUUAUCUGCUCCUCACCUUCAACUCCUCCUCCACCAAAAUCACCCAAAUUUACUCCCAGGUUGGGGGAUCGCAAAAUGGGUCCCAAAUCCCGGACGACUCCACCUGCUGGCAGAAGCCGGAGCAAAUGGGCUACAACCGACCCACCCAAACCACAUUCCAAGGCCCAGAUCUCGCCGGCGAGAUGUCCGCCGCUCUCUCCGCCGCCUCUAUCGUCUUCCGCGAUGACGCCGCCUACUCCGCCAAGCUAAUCAAAGGCGCCGAGACGCUCUUAGCCUUCGCUCGCGAUUCCAGCCGCCGCGUCCGCUACAGCCGCGACAACGCCUUCCUAGCCGCGGCCUAUGACUCCACCGGAUACUACGACGAAUACAUGUGGGCGGCGGCAUGGCUGUUCUGUGCGACAGGAAACUCGUCGUACAUUUCUCUGGCGAUUCUGCCGGGAAUCGCGAAGAACGCAAAUGCUUUCAACGUGACGGCGGUUUCGAGCGUGCCGAGCUGGGACAACAAGCUGCCGGCGGCGAUGGUGUUGCUGACGAGAGUGAAGAUGGUGCUGAAUCCAGGGUAUCCGUAUGAGGAUUUGUUGAGUGUGUACCAGACGUCGAAUGCCCUAAUUAUGUGUUCUUAUCUCAAGCAAUUUGGUGUCCACAAUUGGACUCGAGGAGGAAUGAUUAUUAUGAACAAAGAACAGCAACAGGGACAGAAUCUGCAAUAUGUGGCGAAUGCUGCAUUUUUAGCUUCUCUGUUUGCCGAUUACUUGAACUCAACUGGCGUCCCUGGCUUCAAUUGCGGCCCCAACUACAUUCCUUCAGCCCUUCUUCGCACCUUCGCCACUUCCCAGAUGGAUUACAUUCUUGGGACGAACCCCAUGAACAUGAGCUACAUUGUGGGCUAUGGCACCAAGUUCCCUAGACGAGUGCAUCACCGUGGUGCAUCCAUUCCCAGCGACAACAAGUACUACUCCUGCAAGGGCGGGUUCAAGUGGCGCGACAACCCCGGUCCCAACCCCCACACCAUCGUUGGUGCCAUGGUUGGCGGUCCUGAUCGAUUCGACAAGUUUCACGACGUGCGUACUAAUCCCAACUACACUGAGCCAACUCUGGCUGGUAAUGCUGGCCUUGUUGCUGCUCUUGCUUCCCUUACUACCUCUGCUGGCUUUGGCAUUGACAAGAACACCAUCUUUUCUGGACGGGUCGUUGCUAGUGAGAACUUGGGCAUGAAAACCAUACCCUUUCUCUCAUCUUUCUUUUUUGCUCCGGGGGUAAUGUUCAUUCUUUGUAUCAGUUAAAUGACUCUUAUUUGAUUCAUAAAAAUGGCUAAAAAAGGAUCCAAAAUCGUAAAAAAGGGGUCCAAAAUACUAAAUCGGGAGUGAGUUGUAACGGUGUACUAUCAUGAUUUUGAUACCUUCAUGACUAGCCUUAAGGAAAACUCAAGCAUCUAUCUCUCUUUUCGCCUGA